CUGCGAGCUCUGGGAGGCUGGGAGGGGAGUGAGGGGAGAGGCGCUGACUGGGCAGUCCAAAGAGGAGGGGGCCUUUUAUAGGCUCGCCCAGCGCCUGGUUUGCUGCACCGCGAGUGGCUGCGGUUAGCGAAGCAGCCCGCUACCUCGCGCCACUUCUCCACGACAAAUUUUCGCCUGUGCACUUGACAGCGAUCGUACUAAAGCUCCCAGAGCGCUUUUUGCUUAGGGAGGAACAGGUAGGAGGCGCGGGCUGCCCCGUGCACGCUUGCAGCUCUGGAAGGAGUCUCCACGACUUGGUUGGCUGUCCUUUCUGGUAGCUGCCUGUUGUCCCGGGCGUUGGUUUGUGGGCUACAAGGGGACAGUGCCUGCCGUGGGAGCCGGGCUAAGUCCCAUCCCAGAGCGCGGCUGUGCGCGGCCCGGCGCCAUGCUUCUGCUGGGCAUCUCAAUCCUGGCUCUUGCCUGGCGACCUGCUGGCAGCUCCGAGCCGGAGUGGGAGGUGGUCGUUCCAAUCCGACGGGACCCGGACAUCAAUGGCCGCCACUACUACAGGAGGGGUACGGAGGACUCCGGGGAUCAGGGUCUCAUUUUUCAGAUCACAGCUUUCCAGCAGGACUUUUACCUACACCUGACGCCGGAUGCCCAGUUCCUGGCUCCCGCCUUCGCUACAGAGUAUCUAGGUGUCCCCUUCCAGAGGCUCACCGGCAGCUCUCUAGACCUGCGACACUGCUUCUACUCCGGGUACGUCAACGCGGAGCCAGACUCCUUUGCUGCUGUGAGCCUGUGCGGGGGUCUCCGCGGAGCCUUCGGCUACCGAGGUGCGGAGUAUGUCAUUAGCCCUUUGCCCAACGCCAGCGCGCCGGCGGCGCAGCGUCACAGCCAGGGCGCACACCUUCUCCAGCGCCGGGGUGCUCCGGUAGGGCCUUCCGGAGACCCUACCUCUCGCUGCGGGGUAGCCUCGGGCUGGAACCCCGCCAUUCUGAGGGCCCUGGACCCUUACAAGCCACGGCAGACGGGCGUGGGGGAGAGUCACAGUCGGCGCAGGUCUGGGCGCGCCAAGCGCUUCGUGUCUAUCCCACGGUACGUGGAGACACUGGUGGUGGCGGACGAGUCAAUGGUCAAGUUUCACGGCGCGGACUUGGAACAUUAUCUGCUGACGCUGCUGGCCACGGCGGCGCGACUCUACCGCCACCCCAGCAUCCUCAACCCCAUCAACAUCGUUGUGGUCAAGGUGUUACUCCUAGGAGACCGCGACACCGGGCCCAAGGUCACAGGCAACGCUGCCCUGACUCUGCGCAACUUCUGUGCCUGGCAGAAAAAGCUGAACAAAGUGAGCGACAAGCACCCUGAGUACUGGGACACAGCCAUCCUCUUCACCAGACAGGACCUAUGUGGGGCUACCACCUGUGACACCUUGGGCAUGGCUGAUGUGGGUACCAUGUGUGAUCCUAAGAGAAGCUGUUCUGUCAUCGAGGACGAUGGGCUUCCGUCGGCCUUCACCACUGCCCAUGAGCUGGGCCACGUGUUCAACAUGCCUCACGACAACGUGAAGGUGUGCGAAGAGGUGUUUGGGAAGCUCAGAGCCAACCACAUGAUGUCGCCGACACUCAUCCAGAUUGAUCGUGCCAACCCCUGGUCAGCCUGCAGUGCUGCUAUCAUCACUGACUUCCUGGACAGUGGGCACGGUGACUGCCUCCUGGACCAGCCCAGCAAGCCCAUCUCCCUGCCCGAGGACCUGCCAGGCACAAGCUACAGUCUGAGCCAACAGUGCGAGCUGGCCUUUGGGGUGGGCUCUAAGCCCUGUCCUUAUAUGCAGUACUGUACGAAGCUGUGGUGCACGGGCAAGGCCAAGGGGCAGAUGGUGUGCCAGACCCGCCACUUCCCUUGGGCAGAUGGCACCAGCUGUGGAGAGGGCAAGUUCUGCCUCAAGGGGGCCUGCGUGGAGAGACACAACCCAAACAAGUACCGGGUGGACGGCUCUUGGGCCAAGUGGGAACCGUACGGCCCCUGCUCUCGCACCUGCGGUGGGGGCGUGCAGCUGGCCCGCAGGCAGUGCAGCAACCCCACCCCUGCCAACGGCGGGAAGUACUGCGAGGGAGUGAGAGUGAAAUACAGAUCCUGCAACCUGGAGCCCUGCCCCAGCUCAGCCUCUGGCAAGAGCUUCCGGGAGGAGCAAUGUGAGGCUUUCAAUGGCUACAAUCACAGCACCAACCGGCUCACCCUAGCUGUAGCAUGGGUACCCAAGUACUCCGGCGUAUCGCCACGGGACAAAUGCAAGCUCAUCUGCCGAGCCAAUGGCACUGGCUACUUCUAUGUGCUAGCACCUAAGGUGGUGGAUGGUACGCUGUGUACUCCCGACUCCACCUCGGUCUGUGUCCAAGGCAAGUGCAUCAAGGCUGGCUGCGACGGGAACCUGGGCUCCAAGAAGAAGUUUGACAAAUGCGGGGUGUGUGGUGGAGACAACAAGAGCUGCAAGAGGGUCACAGGGCUUUUCACCAAGCCUAUGCAUGGUUACAAUUUUGUAGUGGCCAUCCCUGCAGGCGCCUCCAGCAUUGACAUCCGCCAGCGUGGCUACAAGGGGCUCAUUGGGGAUGACAACUACCUGGCCCUGAAGAAUAGCCAAGGCAAAUACCUGCUCAACGGACACUUCGUGGUAUCUGCUGUAGAGCGGGACUUGGUGGUAAAGGGCAGCCUGCUCCGGUACAGUGGUACUGGUACUGCGGUAGAGAGCCUGCAGGCUUCUCGACCGAUCCUGGAGCCGCUGACCGUGGAGGUCCUGUCGGUGGGGAAGAUGACGCCACCCCGGGUGCGCUACUCCUUCUAUCUGCCCAAAGAGCCUCGGGAGGACAAGUCCCCUCGCCCCAAGGACCCUCGGGGUUCCCCAGUGCUGCGCAACAGUGUUCUCAGCCUUUCCAACCAAGUAGAGCAGCCAGACAACAGGCCGCCUGCACGCUGGGUGGCAGGCAGCUGGGGGCCUUGCUCGGUAAGCUGUGGCAGUGGCCUACAGAAGCGAGCAGUGGACUGUCGGGGCUCCCUGGAGCAGCGAGGAACCUCUGCUUGCGAUGCAGCUCAUCGACCAGUGGAGAAACGAGCCUGUGGGGAACCCUGUCCAACCUGGGAGCUCGGCAACUGGUCGCCCUGCUCUAAAAGCUGUGGCCGAGGAUUUAAAAGGCGUCCGCUCAAGUGUGUUGGUCACGGAGGGAGGCUGCUGGCUCGGGACCAGUGUGAACUACGGCGCAAGCCCCAGGAAUUAGACUUCUGUGUCUUGCGGCCCUGCUGAGGGGGACUGUCUCUUCCACUCCUUUAUUCUCCACCCACUGUUGUGCUGGUGCUGCGGUCAGCUGGAGCAGAGGAUGGCGGUCAGUGGCCUGUGUCACAGUGUCACUCAAAUCCAGAACAAGGACCAUGGGUCUGGGCGAGAGGUUCCUUCCUCCUUGGACCGGGCAGGGGGAAGCUAACUAAUGCACAGUCUACCUCAUGCCCUGCUCCUCGGGGCCCAGUUGUGGGGAGAGGCUCCAACAGAUGGGUGCUGGGCAGAAGGUGCUGAAGCCCAGCUUCCAGGAACCUGGAAGUUGGGUGCCUUCCAGGCAGAACAUCAGGGACCUUGGCCCCCCUAACGGAGGCCACAGGCUGCUGGAAGAGCCAUGGCCUGCAGCUUGGCACCCUCAGGUGAUCCCAGGAGCUUUGACAUAUCCCUGAACAAGGCAGGGUUCUCACGGUGCUUUCAACCCUCUUUCUUUCUGACUGAUGUGGACCUAACAUUAAAAUUGUUCAGGGGUCACUAGAAGCCAAAGGGACAAGGAGAUGGGGUUCAUUUGGGUGCAACUGCCCUGUUUGGGAAAAGGUGGAUCUGUACAGGGGGUUCCGUGUUUGCUCUUCUUCCAUCGUGGCCCUCCUUGAAAAACCAGCACUUUGGAACCCGGAUGGCCAGGGCAUUAGAUCUGUGGAGGCAGCACUGAUGUGGUCCCUGAUGCUUUGUAGGCAGCCAGGGAAAC